AUAUAUACACCUCUUGAUAGCUCUCUCAAACACACACAAACCAAUAACCCAAUUUUCAUUUUAUAAUACAGAGCAAUAUCAAUAUAUGGCUCCCACAGCAGACAAUGUUGUUGUUUCCAGUAUGAAGCUUGAGAGGAUGCUCAGCAUGAAAGGUGGUAAAGGAGAGGCUAGCUAUGCCAAUAAUUCUCAAGCCCAGGCUCAACAUGCUCGAUCUAUGCUUCAUCUUCUUGAAGAAACCCUAGAUGGAGUGCAACUAGACUCGCCGGAAAUCCCCUUUGUGGUGGCAGACUUGGGUUGCUCCUGCGGUACAAACACUAUCUACAUUGUCGAUGUGAUCAUCAAACACAUGAUCAAGCGGUACGAGGCCUCCGGAUACGUUGAUCCGCCGGAGUUCUCGGCUUUCUUCUCCGACCUCCCAUCAAAUGACUUCAACACUCUCUUCCAGCUUCUGCCACCCUUGGCCAGUAAUGGUGGUGGCAGCAUGGAGGAGUGCCUAGCCGCCAACGGCCACCGCCCCUACUUCGCUGCCGGGGUUCCGGGAUCCUUUUACCGGCGACUGUUUCCGGCUAGAUCUAUUGAUGUUUUCUACUCUGCAUUUUCCUUGCACUGGCUCUCUCAGGUGCCCGAGAUGGUGUUAGACAAGAGAUCGACGGCGUACAACAAAGGAAGGGUUUUCAUCCACGGUGCAAAUGAGAGCACAGCAAAUGCUUAUAGGAAACAGUUCCAGGGAGAUUUAGCCAAGUUUCUAAGAUCAAGAUCGCAAGAGAUGAAGAGAGGUGGGUCCAUGUUCCUGGUCUGCUUAGGAAGAACCUCUGUGGACCCAACAGACCAAGGUGGGGCUGGCCUACUCUUUGGGACCCACUUUCAGGAUGCUUGGAAUGAUCUUGUCCAAGAGGGUCUUAUUGCUAGCGAGAAACGUGACAACUUUAAUAUUCCAGUGUAUGCACCAAGUAUACAAGACUUCAAGGAGGUAGUCGAAGCCGAUGGCUCAUUCGCCAUUAACAAGCUGGAGGUGUUCAAAGGUGGAAGCCCUCUUGUGGUUAACUGUCCAGAUGAUGCAAUCGAGGUUGGCCGAGCCCUAGCUAAUAGUUGCAGAGCCGUAAGUGGGGUCCUAGUCGAUGCACACAUAGGUGAUUGGCUUAGUGAGGAGCUAUUUUCAAGAGUUGAGAGUCGAGCUAGUAGUCAUGCAAAAGAACUAUUAGAGCAGCUACAGUUCUUUCACAUAGUUGCAUCUCUUUCUCUUGCUUAGCGAGGAAAGAAGGGCAAAAAGAGAAGGGUUCUUUCUGUUAUCCUGCUUUGAAAAAAUUGGUACAAACCAUCGAAAAGAGGAGAGAAAUCUUGUUUCUCACUCUUUUGUUUCUCUUUUGUGUGUUUUUGUGGGUUGUUAAUUAGUUAUUAUUGGAGCAAAUGACCCGGUGCAAUGGAAAAGUAAAAAUAUCACAGUAAUAUCA